AGGGGAGGGGCGCUGUCUGCGGCGCGCCGGCCGGGCCCAGCCGCCACCCAGUUGGUUUCCCGCCGUCGCGCGAGAGAGAAGUGCCAGGACUCGCGCUCGGCCGGAAGCGUAGUAAGCGAGCUGUCAUUGUGAAGAGACGCCGCUCUGCGUAGCAGCCGCCCCGUGGGCGUUAUUGUUGUUCGCCCCAGCGCCCAGCAGCCUCCCGCAGCCUCGUGGAGUCGCUUCCGAGGCCACAGCACCUGCACGUCGGCCGGGCCACGCGCCGCCCGCCACGCGCCCAGGCGAUCGAACUGCCGCACGUGGUGAAUGAAGUUGAUAAUGUAAGCGGUCGUGUGCUCAACGUCGCCGACCUCUGUGAUUAGCGAAGUCGGCGUUAUCAUUUACGCAGAACUGUGUUGGAACGGUCGGUGAACUUUGAACUAUGAGUACGGAGAAGCACUCCCGAGGGAACGUCAUCGUGAACGCAAUCGCAAAGUUUCUCAAGAUCGGCACACACGCCAAAGCCAAGCGAAAGGUAAGUAACAUGAAUAGCAGAGAUCAACGCAAUGCCUGUUGCCGCAUCGCUACGGCUUUGCCGGUCCCUCCGUCGGAAGCAUCGGUCGUCGUGACGAUGGCCAUGCCUGCCCCGGCGAGGACGUCUCAACUCCACGACAUCACUAAUUUGCCCCCGUCGACGACGCCCCAGAGCCCGGCGGCCGCCGCCUCCUCAGCCCUGGGCGCUGCGGGGAGCCCGCGCCCCGCCGCCCAGCCACCGGCGCAGGCUUCUCCGCAAAACCGGCAGUCUGCGGAGGGCGUCGCCCCUGCUGCCGUCGCCGGUUCCUCCCCCAACCCCUCCUCCUCUUCCUCCUCCUCCUCCUCCUCCGCGUCCUCCACAGGCUGCUCUACGGCGGCUGUUGCAACAGGGACGGCCAAUAAUGCGCCGCCUGCCAAACAGUCCGCCAAAGACUACAUUUUUGGGAAGGUCAUUGGAGAAGGCAGUUUCUCGACGGUGUACUUGGCGAAGGAUAUUCAUCACAGCAAGGAGUAUGCAAUUAAAGUUUGUGAGAAGAGGCAUAUAGUGAAAGAGCUGAAAGUUGAAUAUGUGAAACAGGAAAAGGAAGUGCUGAAUAUAUUGAAUUCCAAUCAAAACAAGACUGCUCCAUUUUUUGUGAAACUGUACAGUACAUUUCAAGAUAAUGAGAGACUGUACUUUGUUUUGUCUUAUGCGAAAAAUGGAGAACUAUUACCGUACAUCAAUAAAGUUGGAUCUUUUGAUAUUCAAUGUACCAGAUUUUAUGGAGCAGAGAUUCUUAGAGCUUUGGAACACCUGCAUUCAUUAGGAAUUAUUCACAGAGAUUUGAAGCCUGAAAAUAUUUUAUUGGAUGAGAGGAUGCAUGUUCAAAUCACUGACUUUGGUUCAGCUAAAAUUCUGGAUGAUAAACCACGACCUCAACCUCGGCGGCGAGAUGGAGAACAAUCAUCAUGGCAAAGACGAAACAGUUUUGUUGGUACUGCACAAUAUGUAUCACCUGAACUUCUAACUGAAAAGUCUGUUUCAAAAAGUUCAGACCUUUGGGCUUUGGGAUGUAUUAUAUAUCAGAUGGUUGCAGGAUUACCUCCAUUUGUUGCCAGGAGUGAGUAUUUGAUUUUCCAAAAAAUUAUUAAAUUGGAGUAUGAAUUCCCAGAUGGAUUUGAACCUAAAGCUAAAGACUUGGUUCAGAAACUUUUGGUAUUGGAUUCUACAAAUAGACUUGGUGCUAAAGACAUUGGAAAUUAUACAUCAGUUCGGUCUCAUCACUUUUUUGCUGGAUUGGAUUUUGAAACACUCUAUAAACAAACUCCACCUCCAAUCUAUCCCUACUUGCCUGGGACAUCUAAAAAUGAGGAAUUAAAAAGCCAUUAUAGGGUUCCAGAUCAUUUAGAACCUGGACUUGAUGAUAAACAAUUGACAAGGCUUCUUGGGCUCGAUCUUCAAGAUGCUGAAGCUAUUGAGACUCGACCUAGAGAGCCCGUAAGGCCUCGCAAAAAGUCCAGCAUUAUAGACUUAAGUCCAGGAGAAGUAAAUGAAAGACUGGCUAUUCAGGCCAGAGAAAGCAAAUGGCAUAAUUUAGUUCAGAAGAAUCUUAUUCUGAAGUCUGGGCUUGUGGAUAAAAGGAAGGGUCUCUUUGCUAGGAGGAGAAUGUUAUUUUUAACUCUGGGACCGCACCUUUAUUAUGUAGACCCAGUGGAUAUGGUUUUAAAAGGAGAGAUACCUUGGAGUCCAGAACUAAGAGUUGAACCAAAGAAUUUCAAGAUAUUUUUUGUCCACACUCCAAAUCGUACAUACUAUUUGGAAGAUCCUGAGGGUUAUGCCUUGGAGUGGUGCAAAGCUAUCGAAGAAGUGCGGAUUCACACUUAUGGUUUACGACCAUAAGUUUAACUAGAGCACCAAAGGGAAGAUGUUUGUUUAAUUAGGCAAUUAAAUUGUGAUCUAAACUGAGUAUACAUUGUUAAUGCAGUGCCCCCAAGUUAAAGGUGUAUGAAAGUUUAAAACUUUGGAAAAGUGAAUCAGUGUCCAGAAAGACUCGAUGUUCCUCUUACUGAAGCUACUCGCAGAAUCAUGAAAAGUAUUGAUGACAUAUGAUAGGAUGGAAUAAAGUCACUUAGUCAUGUGUCAAUGAAUCAGUGUUUGUUUUGAAGUAGCGCUUUGUCUUGCGCACCUAGUCACACAAGCUGCUUACCAAUCAUGAAUUCAAUCGUGAUGAUACUUCUAGGAUAAACUAAAACCUGACAGCUACUGUGUGUCUACAUUUGAACUUGCAUGGACAUUGUUUGAAUGUUUACCAAAAUUAUCCUGGAUUGAACACUAUUUUGUGGUAACAUGUCUGGAGUAGUAGUAAAAUAUACAUGUGGCUAAUGAAUACAUGAUUGUGCACAUAUUUUCUAUCCUAGUAUAUGCAAUCUAUGAAGAGUUACUGUACUCUGUGGUAGUUCAGAAUAUAGAUUUUUAAUGGAAGUUAUCUAGCAAUAGUGGUUGCGAUGUACGAUUGUAUCUAUUCUGUAUGGAUGAUAUUUAUGUUUCUUUUUGAAUAUAAGGAUGUUUUCAGAAUAUAAAAUUAAAAUUACAUUAUCCUGAUACAGCCAAUCAGCUUGUGUGAAUGUUCCUCCUUUAGUUUCUUUUUUGAGUGUUGUAUUUUAGGUUCCACUUUUCAUUCCUGUUCAGUUUCAAAUAAAUAAAGUACCAUUUGUAGUGUGAAGGGCUUGCAGUGGUAAGCAUUCUCAUUGUAUUUAUAAGAUCACCGAGCUAAACAUGUGUGACAGUAAAAGAUUAUAUGGCUGCAAAGCCUAAUGUCAGUAUUAUACUAUAAUGUAUGGAGGUUUUCUGUACAUGGAAGUCAAUAAUUUUGUUUAAAAAAUUGAUUUAUUUAUCUGAACAUACUAUUUUGAAAGGUUGUACAUUCAUUUUAACUCUGUUGUAGUUUUGUGUUGUAAAUAAAAUAUCAUAUUUAUGAAAUGAGCUUUGAA